CGCGGGAUUCGCUUCAUUACAUCACUGACGAGUUAUCAACUAAGUAUAUAAUAGUAACAAAAUGAGGGGCUCUUCCUACGUGCUGGUGUGGCUCGUACUCCACAUGAGCGGGGGUGGCGACUCAGUGCCGGCGCCUAACGCGCUCUCGUUCCUCGGCAAGAGCCUCGCCUCAGUCACGGAGCCCUUGAGCACGGUCGCCACCACCACAGGAUCAAACACUUGGGCAGUGGCGACAUCGCUCGGCCAGGGCCUGCAGACGGUGGGGAAGCCCCUGGGAUCAGCAGCCGGAGGCUUAGCGAAUGUUUCGAUUGGCACGGCUAAGUCAAUGGGCGGCGGGCUCAAAAACGUCGGAGAACCCAUCGGCACAGUGGUCGUUUCGGCGGGCUCAGCGGGGGUGGGGGUUGGGAAGACCGUUGGCCAGGUGCUGCAGAAGGAGAUCCAGACUGUCAAACAGCCCAUAGACGUUACUCUCACCUACAUAGGAUCCUCGCAAUGUCAGAACGUGCAGAAGUUAUUAGGAGUUUCCUACCAGCAGCUACAGGGCGAUAAUGAACCAAAUUUGGAUAACCUUGAAAUCGUAUACAAGACAAAGUAUACCACGACUACCGCGAACAUCAUGAAUGCGCCGGCGACGCUGCGGCAGGCGCGAAAGUUCGACAACGACGACAGACUCGUGGUGUACUUCCACGGCUUCACCGACGACCCUGGCCAGAAGAGCUUCACCCAGCUCAGCCAGGCCUACCUCGCCAAGGAUCGCAUGAGUUUGAUCGCCUUGGACGCAAGCUCACUCAUCCGCUGGUUCUACGCGCGCGCCAGCACUUUCGUGCAGUACAUCGGCGAGGCCAUAGCGGCGGUGCUGGCCGCCUUGGUGGGACAUGGUCAAGACCCAGCCAAAAUACACUUGGUGGGCCACAGUCUCGGCGGACACAUCGCCGGCUACGCCGGGAAGGCGUUCCAGCUGCUGACCGGCAAGAAGAUCGGGCGCAUCACGGGGCUGGACCCCGCCGGGCCCUGCUUCAGCCACCUGGAGCCCCGGCUGCGUCUGCACCACGACGACGCGGACUACGUGGACGCGAUCCACACGGACGCAGGCGUGUACGGGCUCUCGGACCCCGUCGGUCACAAGGACUACUACCCAAACCGCGGCACCAUGCAGCCUGGCUGCCUGCUGCAGACGUGCUCGCACUCGCGCGUGUACGAGCUGUACGCGGAGUCGGUGCUGAACCCGACCGGCUUUCCGUCCGUGCGCUGUGCCAACUGGGCCGCCUUCAGACAAGGAAACUGCGAGUAUGAUAAAACGAGUUACAUGGGCUAUGCAUCCAAGCCGGGCAACGAUGGUCUCUACUUCCUGCAGACGAACCUCUCCUCUCCGUACAGCCUGGGCGCUGAAGGCUGCAAAUUCAGGAACACUGAUGGCAUUGUGAUGAGCGUUGCGAACGUCUUGGGAUAGGCAGAAGGCUAAAAUGCAAGAUGGCCAAAACGCACUUUCCUACCAACGUCUACUUAUUCGACUUAUUCGAUCACAUGAAAGGUAAGUACGAUUUAUACAGUACCGAGGGAACGCCAUGACUAGAUAGCGCUCUUCAGCUUCUGUAUAAAUCGUAAUUAACUUGUAUGCAGUGAAAUAAGUAAACGUAGGUAGAAAAGCUCAUAUUUGGCACUCUGAAACAAUGGCAUGCCUUCGACUUCUCGAUAUAAUAGAAAAACGAACUUUUUACUUUCUCAUAAGGAACUGGAUAAAAGUUUACUAAACUAGUGCUGAUUACGGGUUAUUUUCAAUGGUAUAGAUGGAUGGUAAUUACGGUCAUCCUCUAUUUCCAAAAUAUAAAAAGUUUAGGCAUCCAUAAAUAAAAUAUAAAGAGAGCCGCCAAAUUUUAAAUCUCUUUUUAAUUUUUCUGUUUUUUGUAAGUCGUGAAUUCAUUCAUAAAAAAAACUUGUUGAUUUUGUUUCAUAAUAAUAUUUAUACUACAAGUUUUAUAUCCAUCCCACAUAUUGUUUUUAACGAGUGAACUGAUAAUUUAAAGAUUUUUACCUCAGGCAUUGACGUAUGGCGCAAACUUUGUAAAUAUUUUAUUUCUAUUGUUAUAUUAAUAAAUAUCACGUUAUCAAAAUAAUGGUAUACGUCAAGCGCCUUGUUAAUUAAAAGCCAUAUUUUAAAACAA